AUAACACGCCUCCACCCGCCACUCUCGCCCGUAUUUACCACCCUUGCCACUAGGAGUAGCUGCAGCCAGAGCCGACGCGGUCCGGUCCACGCGGCCUCGCCAUGGCCGGCGACCGCAGGGGGGAGCCGCCCGUGGCGGCCGCGAAGGAGCGGGUGGCCGCGGCGGUGGAGGCGGUGGCGUCGGGCGGCUGGGAGUUCCGGAACGCGUACCGGCGCCAGCUGCUGGCGCUGUCCCGCCGGAUUCGGCUCCUGGGUCCCUUCUCCGAGGAGCUCCGGGAGGCGCGCCGGGCGCCCGCAGAUGAGGAGGAGGAGAGGGCGCUGGCGCCGCUCGCCGAGGCGCUGGAGAAGGCGCUGGAGCUGCUCCGGCUCGGCCGCGAGGGGAGCAGGAUCUUCUUGGUCCUUCAGAGGGAUAAUGUAAUGAAGAAGUUUCAAGAAGUAAUUGCUCAGCUGGAGCAAGCUUUGAGUGAUUUUCCAUACAAUAAAUUGGAUAUAUCAGAUGAAGUUAGAGAGCAGGUUGAGCUAGUGCUUGCACAGCUCAGAAGAGCAAAAGAACGGGUUGAUAUGCCUGAUGAUGAGUUCUAUAAUGACCUACUGUCUCUGUAUAACAAGAGCUACGACCCAAGUGCUGAACUGGCUAUCCUUGAAAGAUUGUCAGAAAAGUUAUACCUGAUGACCAUCACCGAUCUCACACAAGAAUCUCUUGCUUUGCAUGAGAUGGUGGCAUCCGGUGGUGGUCAGGACCCAGGAGAACACAUUGAGAAAAUGUCGAUGCUACUGAAGAAGAUCAAGGACUUUGUGCAAACCCAAAACCCUGAGAUGGGCCCGCCAAUUGCUUCCAAGCUAAUGGAUUCCAACGGGGACCCAAGACCUGUAACCAUUCCUGAUGAGUUCCGGUGUCCAAUUUCUCUUGAGCUGAUGAAAGAUCCUGUUAUCGUUGCUACUGGCCAGACAUAUGAGCGGGCGUGCAUCGAGAAAUGGCUAGGUUCUGGGCAUCACACUUGUCCAACUACACAACAGAGGAUGGCAAACACGACAUUGACACCAAACUACGUUCUUAGAAGUCUUAUCGCCCAGUGGUGUGAAGUCAAUGGGAUGGAGCCACCCAAGCGCUCGUCGCAGCCUAACAAGCCUACAUCCGCAUGCUCUUCGAGCGAACGUGCUAACAUCGAUGCUCUUCUGUUCAAGUUAUGCUCUCCAGAUCCUGAGGAGCAGAGGUCAGCUGCUGCAGAGCUUCGCCUUCUAGCAAAGCGGAAUGCAAGCAACCGGAUCUGCAUUGCUGAGGCCGGUGCCAUCCCCUUGCUAUUGAGUCUACUGUCGUCAUCUGACCUGCGGACUCAAGAACAUGCUGUUACUGCACUUCUGAACCUCUCCAUACAUGAGGAUAACAAGGCAAGCAUCAUAUCCUCUGGUGCUGUGCCGAGCAUAGUUCAUGUUCUGAAGAAUGGCAGCAUGGAGGCACGGGAGAAUGCUGCAGCCACGCUUUUUAGCCUCUCAGUGAUCGAUGAAUACAAAGUAACAAUCGGGGGAACAGGGGCUAUCCCUGCCCUUGUAGUUUUGCUAAGUGAGGGCAGCCAGCGGGGGAAGAAGGACGCUGCAGCAGCUCUAUUCAACUUGUGCAUUUACCAAGGGAACAAGGGCCGUGCGAUACGAGCUGGCCUUGUGCCGCUCAUCAUGGGGCUGGUGACAAACCCCACGGGAGCUCUCAUGGACGAGGCUAUGGCAAUACUCUCAAUACUGUCCAGCCACCCUGAGGGGAAGGCAGCCAUUGGGGCAGCAGAGCCUGUUCCUGUGCUUGUGGAGAUGAUCGGAAGUGGGUCGCCGAGAAAUAGAGAGAAUGCUGCAGCUGUGAUGUUGCAUCUUUGCAGUGGUGAGUAUCAGCUUAAGCAUUUGGCUCGUGCACAGGAGUGCGGGGUCAUGGUCCCUUUGCGGGAGCUGGCACUGAACGGCACGGAAAGGGGGAAGAGGAAGGCGGUGCAGCUGCUCGAGCGGAUGAGCAGAUUCCUGGUUCAGCAACAAGAGGAACAGGAAGCCCAGCUGCAGGCAUCGGCACAGGCCCUCCCUCAGGCCCCCGAACAGAUCCAAGAGACUGAUACCCCUGAACAAUUGGAUAGUCCUGCGCCUCAGUACCCUGUAGGGCCAUAGUCGCAUGAUGAUGAUAUGUCAUCGCCACAAGGUUGAGCCAGUAGUAUCCGACUCACCUUGCUUCCGAAUCCUAUCAGGUUCGCAAUUCAAAUGGGUGAUGAUCCGUCUGCCUUCUUCAUUGCUUGUAUGCUGAAGCUCCCAUUACUCCAUCUGUUUCUGUUGCUGAGAUGUGUACAGUGUAUUAAAUAUGCAGCUCCAAAUGUCAUGUAGCAACAUAAUUAAUCCAAGGCUUCGUUAUGUACAUUUUCACCGUGAUAACUUAUAUAAAAGAGAAGUUGUAGUAGCGGAUUUAAUCCUA